UUUUUCGUGGCGCCUCGGAGGCUGUCGGCCACUUCAGAAUGAAGCUGAACAUCUCUUUCCCGGCCACUGGCUGCCAGAAGCUCAUUGAAGUGGACGAUGAACGAAAACUUCGUACCUUCUACGAGAAGCGUAUGGCCACAGAAGUUGCUGCUGACGCUCUGGGUGAAGAAUGGAAGGGUUAUGUGGUCCGAAUCAGUGGCGGGAACGAUAAGCAGGGUUUCCCCAUGAAGCAGGGUGUCUUGACCCAUGGCCGAGUUCGCCUGCUACUGAGUAAGGGGCAUUCCUGUUACAGACCAAGGAGGACUGGAGAGAGAAAGCGCAAAUCUGUAGGGGGUUGCAUUGUGGAUGCCAAUCUGAGUGUUCUCAACUUGGUCAUCGUGAAAAAAGGGGAGAAGGAUAUUCCUGGACUCACUGAUACUACAGUGCCUCGUCGCCUGGGUCCCAAAAGAGCUAGCAGAAUCCGUAAACUUUUCAAUCUCUCUAAAGAAGAUGACGUCCGCCAGUAUGUUGUGCGAAAGCCCCUAAACAAAGAAGGUAAGAAACCUAGGACUAAAGCACCCAAGAUUCAGCGUCUCGUGACUCCACGAGUUCUGCAACACAAACGCCGGCGUAUUGCUCUGAAGAAACAGCGUACUAAGAAAAACAAAGAAGAGGCUGCAGAAUAUGCUAAACUUUUGGCCAAGAGAAUGAAGGAGGCCAAAGAAAAACGGCAGGAACAGAUUGCCAAGAGACGGAGGCUGUCCUCUCUGAGAGCUUCUACUUCUAAGUCUGAGUCCAGUCAAAAAUGAGAUGUUCUAAGAGGAACAAAUAAAUAA